ACUGAAGAAGUAGACUUUUUACAUUUAUUUAAUUCUUAUGUAUUCAGGUAUUGCCUACCUAUGAUGUCAUCGGAAUACCUACGUGAAAAUGACACUUCUUUUGUCACAAACAGCUUCAGUUUGUCAACUGGAUCUGGAAUGCAGGUUGGGGUGUCUGUGCUCGGAUCAUCUGUACACGAGACACAAAGUUAUGCUAUUGAAAAACCUGGCAGUCUUUCAGCAGAAAGAGAGACAAACCUUUUCCUGCCAAGCAUACAGCAAUCUUCAAAGGGGUAUUAUGGAGAAAAACCUGAUGUUGGAGGUAUUGGCUCCACUUCAACCGGUAACAAAAGCACAGAUGAACUGAGACAGCAUCUGGAAAGACAGACAAGAGAGACACAGAGACUGCAGGAGGAGGUGGAACAGGCAACGAAACUCACCAUGGAGAGAAUGGGCCGCUCACUCGGAGGGACCUCUCAUGAGCAGGCAGUCAGCCUCAACCGUUCUGUGGAUAACUGUUUAAAUGCCCAGGACUUACUGACUUCCUGCCACAUAUCUGUGUCAAAUCAUGAGCGCCCCUACAGUAAAAACAGCAUGAUAUACAGGCCGGAGCCUGCAGCCACUGGGAGGAGCAUCUCCUUCCCUGGGAAGGAGCACCUGGAGCGGGCUCUUGAAGAGUACAGUCUGCAAGUCAAGGAGCUGCAAAGGAGGCUGAGUGAGGCCCAUGAACUCAAUGAGCAGCAGAAGUUUUACUUCCACCAGUCUAGCGUCGAGCUGCAGACCAAACUGCAGGAGGUGCAGCUGGAGAGAACCUGCCAGGCUGAUAUCAGAAAUAGGGAGUCAAAAUCCCAAGGUGACUUGAUCAGCAAGCUGCAAGUCACGUUAGAAGAGGCCACCAUCAGGGCGGAGCAGCAGCGGCAGAAGAGCGAGAUGCAGGAGAUGGUGCUGCAGGAGGUGCGCUCCUCACUGCUCAGCUACCAGGAGCGCAGCGGCAGGAAGGUCUACGAGCAUGAGGACAUCGGCAGCCUGCCCUCCCACAACCUAGGUGGCGCUGUGGGAAAGGUGCUGCGCGACAUUGAAGCAGAGGUCUCCUGUCUCAAAAGGGAGCUCCUCCCGAUGGAAGACCAGCUUGAUACUCUUAAACGGGAUUCUCAAACCAAAGGAGAUAUUGUUAUCAAACAGCACCAGGAACGGGUGCAGGAGCUCAUUCUCAGUCAUGAACAGGAGGUGGCAGCAUUGACUGACAGACUGACCAGAUCUCACAGCAAUGCAGUCAGCAUCCAGAAACAGCUGGUUAUUGUACAAGAACAGGCAGCAAAUCAGAACGUGAUGUACUUGCGUCAGCUCACUGAGCUGGAGUCCACCGUCUCCCAGCUACGCUCUGAAUUACGAGAAGCCAAGAGAAUGUACGAGGACAAGAUCGAGGAUCUGGAGAAGAAGCUGAUCCUGGCUUACUCGGAGGUGGAGAGUGCUCGGAGCGAGCGGGAUGAAUACAGCCGGGAUUCCGGAGAUCUGGACACACAGCUCCACCAGCUGAUGAGUGAUCUGCGUAAAACCAGAGAAGAGCUGAACAUGGAGAAGGAGCAGAACAAGCGUCUGUGGGAGCGAGAGUCUGGAAACAGCAUCACGGUUGAUAACCUGAGGAGGGAGCUGGAUGGCAGGAGCAUGGAGGCACAGCGAAUAGAAACCCUGAUUAAAAGCAUGAAAGAGGAGUGCCGCGUCCUGAUAGACCGCCAGCUAGCGGCAGAGCAAGAUAAGAACGAGGUGCUGGAGAAAGCAUCCUCUCUAAAGAGCCAGCUGAAUGCCACUAAAGAGCAGCUCCAAAAAAUCACAGAGAGCCACAGGGUGUCCCAGGAGAAGGCGGGGCAGCUAGAGACCACCCUGGCACAGACGGAGCAGGCCCUGGAGGAAAACCACAAGGAGAGGAGGAGUCUGCAGCUGAAGCUGGAGAAGAUGAGCCAGGAGGUGCAGCUGAAGCAGACAGAGAUUGAACACUACCAGGAGAAUCUGGAGAAGGGGUUGGGCUCUCUGCAGACCAUGAAGGUGGAGGCUGAGACACUGAAACUGAAGCUGAGUGAAAGGGAGAAGAUGGUGGAGCUGAUCCGACAGCAGAUGGACAAUGUGACGAAACUCGCUGGGCAGCACAGCCGCAACGCAGAAGUCAUGCACAACGAGAAGACACAGCUUCAGAAUGAGCUGAGCGAACGCAAAAUUGACAUUCAGCGUUUAAAGGCUGCAGUGGAGAAGCAGGAGGAGAGAGUCGGGGAGCUGGUGACCAGGGACUCUGAGAAGGAGCAGCGUCUCAAAGCCUUCACUCUGGAGAAGGAGAAGCUCACAGCAAGGCUUGAGGGCAAGGGCAGAGAGCUUGCCAGACUCACAGAGCAGCAUGAAGCACUGAAGAAGAGUCAUCACAGUAAAAUGAAGGAGAUGGAAAACGCCACAGCCAGAUUGAAUUCGCAGCUGAGAAAUGCCAAUGCCGAGCUGGAGAAAACAAAGCGCACACUGAAGACGCUGGAGGGAGCCGAUAGCCAUGCGGUGAAAGUUGCCAUGGGAAUGCAGAAGCAGAUCACAGCCAAGCGUGGGCAGAUUGAUGCUCUGCAAAGCAGGAUUCACUUUCUGGAGGAGACUGUCAAAAACAUUGCCAAGGAGAAACGUUUCAUGAAAUCUGAAAUCAACAGAUUGAACCUGGAGCUGACUAGUGUAUCAGCAGAGAAGAAAAAGUUGAUGACAGAGUUAGAAGCCGUCCAGUCCUUGGAGAAACAUCUAAAGGAAAAAGAAAUCAGACUGGAGGAUGCCCUCUCAAAGCAGGCAUGUGAUCGGUUUGCUGAAUGCCAAGUCGGAAUCCAGCAACAAGAGCAGGAAUGUAUGCGUCUGAAACUGCAGCAUGCUUUGGAUGUGAAGGAACUUCAGGGUCCAAAGUACAGAACAUCACAACAUCCAUCUGCUUACACUGCCAACCUGCUGAGCUCCGAGCUCACCUCUGGAUACCUUUCUGCACCUAAAACCACAGUUGUGCAAGCAGAUGCAGCGCACGAUAUCAAGAAGAUUCUGAAGGAGCUGAGGAGCAUGAUCCAGGAAGACCGCAACAUCUCGGCUCCUGCCAAGAACAGCACUGAUGUGGAGACUCUCGCGUCCCUAAGGGGAAAAAAGGAUGCAACGCAUGAUGCAACAAAAGGCACGGAUGGAAGAAGUGUAAGAUUCAGCAGAGAUCCCCCAAGCUUGCAUACUGUGGACCUUGAAGAUGAACUCAGUAUAAACACUCUGGGGCCUGAGGGUGAGUUGAUGCUGCGUUUUAACUUAGCUGCUUUACACCUUAUUAACCCAUUCACUGAAAUUAUUACUACAAUCCAUAGGGCUGUGCAAAUGCUCAAAAAUUGGUUUAUUUCCCAACAAGAAAAAUAUCAAUUUCUCUCAUAUAUACCAUCGACGGCAAUGAACUUCUACAAAAUCGGAGUAUUUGCACAGCCCCAAUUUAGAAUGAAAAAAGCAUACUUUGCAUACAUUGGCAACUACAGUAAUAACCAAUUGCAAGGGCUGUUAACAUUUGCUUGGAUUGUUUGUUUUACAGGAUAUGAACCGUCCUUUAUUUCUGUGCCCCGGUCUCCAGUGCACUCUCUGCUCACUGCCCCGCUAAGCAGCAGACCCCAGCAGCCAGGACGUAGCGGAGGAGCUUCCAUGGAGGAAGUCAGCAUAGGACAACUGGAGGUAGAAAUGACUGGACAGGCCUGUGUGAAACUGCAGGGCAGACUGGACAGCCUGCAGAACCUGGUUGAAGAUCUACAGAUUAAAAAUAAAGAAAUGUCCUCCAUGAUCCAAAGUCAAGAGAAAAGGAUCAAGAAAGUGAAAGACCGUGAGAAGCUGUCAACUAACUGAAGGGAAUCAAAUCAUUUUGAUGUUUCCAAUUAUCAAUUGUGGUACCUUAUAAUAGUCUGCCCAAUAAACCAGAUGCGUUAGAGUGCCUUAAAGGCUUUUUUUAAAAAAAAAAAAAAAAAAAAAAAAAAAAGCAGAACUAGGUUAUGUUCUAUACAUUUUUGCAAAUAUGUAACAAGAAACCACACAAGUUGUUUCUCCAUCUUUAAUACAACUUUACAAAUAAAACAAUGGUUGCUUUAAUUUAAAAGCAACCCCCCCCCCCCAGGAAAAAAAAGAAAAACACCUUAUACAAAGUAUUUUUAGGAUUGGAAUUAAAAGCUUAACACAACCAAAUGAUACAUACUAUCAC